ACAGUUAAGAUUGUUUCGAUUUAUUUUGAUUUUAUUUUUUUUGUUAAGAAAAAGAGUAUUAAGUUAUCAGAGGCAACAAAUAAAAAGAAAAAUGAAUUGGAUUUCAAAUGAUUCUCCUCUAAGAAGACUGCUAUCAUCUUGGAAUUGCUCAGUGCUUGCAGAACACUUUGAGAAUGAAGGAAUUGAUGUUGAAGAAAUGGAGAUAAUGACACCUCAACAUGUUGCAGAAAUUUUAUGCAUUUACGAUUCAGAUAUUCGAAUACGCUUUCAACAAAACUAUAUAAAAUGGCGUAACCAGAUAAAUAAGCCUUACAAUGCUUUAUUUCUAAAAUAUAUCAAUUUUCAUUCAAUAGAAACGAGAUUUAUUAGUAAGCAAUUAAACCCCAAUUAUUAUCAACGCAAUAAUUAUGAAUUAGAAAAGGUUGAUGUGUUGUCAAAUCCAGAAAAGAAUAAGGCUGUUUCACCAGUUAUAAAAUUAACAAAUGAUGCUACGAUGCUAACUACUGAUUCAUCAUUUAAAAGUUUACUUGAAGAAAUGCCAGAAGUAAUAUCGCGGCAAGAAUUUAAAAGAAGGCAAUCUAUACCGACCGUUGGAGGAAAAGUACGUAAUUCUACUGAUCCGAAUUUAUUUUCGGUUUUAGCUAUUCUCAAGUCAAAUGGUGAUAAGGGUUUGGAAAUCCUGAAAUAUUAUGAUGAAUUUAAAACCCUAACAUGGAAGCUACGCAAAAUACUAGUAAACUUGAUUGUGAAAUAUUUUAUUAAAUUAGAUUUGCAUAUAUCGCUGAAAUUGAGUUAUAAUCUGGAAAAACAGAUUCUUAAGAUAUUUCCAACUGAAAAACUUAAAAAUUAUCGCACUAUUAAACGAGGUAAAAUUUAUACCAAAUUCUGUCAUAUGAAUCGUAGUAAACGUAUGGAUAUCAAAGUUUAAGAAAAAGAAGAACGAAGAAUUGGAUGCUAUACAAGAUGUAUAACUUUGAGAGCAUCAAUAUCUGCCACUGUGACUAAUCUAUUACGUUUGAUAGUAUAAAGAGUAAGACUGAAGGUGUAUUGAUGAAGAUUGUAUGCAAAUUCUGAUUGACAUAAUAAAUUUUGUUAGUGAUUUUAAUAGUGAAAAUCUUACUUAGGUAAAUGUACAAUUAUUACUUCUAUAUCUAAAAAAAAUAAACGAAAAAAUUUGAAAUAUUUUUUUAUUUAUUUAUACAUCAAAAAAUGCACUCUCCAGCAUUUAUUCGUUCAGUCAACAACACGAGCGGACUCAAGCUCAGACGAAUCAUAUCUUAUUCACCUUACUUAUGCAUAAAAAUACCUAGGUUAGGUUAGGAUUAAAGAGGUUAAAGAGGUAAAAAAUUAAAGUUUUUUGUUUCCAAAAAUGUUAAAAAUAUAUUUGGAUUUAGAUAUUUAUCGUAAUAUAAUCCUACUAUAAAAAUUAUGUUCUAUGACAGGGAUGUCUAGACCAGAUGUGAUUGCGGGCCA